AUGUGGGCGACGGAGCACCCGUCUCGACCUGCCUCCCCUCGUCCGAUGAACAACGAAGGCGGCGUCGACGUGGGAGUCAACGCCGGUGGUGGUCAAGUCGGCAGCAGUGCUGGAGGCACGUUAAGGCAGAGAGGUGUGAUACACGCUGGUGAAGUCGGCGAUGUUCAGGCACGAGGGAUGCAGUCGUCGGCGGCUGCAGGCCCUUCGCAGGGUGACGUCGGAGGCCGACGUAGUGGGCUGUCGCCGAUAACGGCGUCCCAGGUGACGGCAGGUGGGAUUGCGCUGAGCUACGGCUACUUCAAGUUCACGCCGGACACGAUCUCAGUCACCCCCCCACUGGUCGGUCGACCCGACAUUCUCACCUGGAAGGAAACUAUCGAGCCCCAGCUGGAGAUGGCUGGGCUGAUCGGCUUCGCCCGAGGGACCGUGGCAACGCCUGGGGAGCACCACCCCGACUUGUGGGCGGAGUUUCGCGCCGUGCAGCUGUUGACCUUCACGGUCAUCUCACGGUGCUGCUCGCCGGGCGUGCAGAUCGCCUUAAAGUGGUGCCGGGAGUAUAUCGACGCCGGCCACCGGGCGUGGCACUUCAUUGAGUCGACGUACCAGGUCACCGACGACCUGUUCAUCGCCCAGCUGGAGGGACAGCUGACGCACCUGCGGACUUCUAGCAGCUAUAACCUCCUGAAGCGGCUGUCCAUGGCGCCGAGCACAAGGGCGACGCUCAACGAGGACAACCUGACCUCGUACAUCCUGCAGGAUGAGGCGAUGCAGGAGGCUGAGCGGUCACAGGAACUCUUGGCGCAGGCCAAUUUCGUCGCCCCGGUGAAGCAAGGAGGCCAACCAGGAGAGUGCGGACAGUCUGGUGGCGGCGGGAGCGGUGGCUGGAAGUCGACCAAGGAGGUCGAGAAGAAGUCGACCAAGGACGGCGGUCAAAGAGGAGGAGGUCGACGUCGGGAGUGCUGGAACUGCCACAACCCCAAUCACCUCUCCUUCGAGUGUCCCAACCGCAGUGACUCCGACGACGACAACAAGGGCGGCCGCGGGAGGUCGAGCAGUCGUCGUCCUCGUCGAGGAGGAAACCGGCCGCGCAAGGAGAAGCAGUCGACCAAAAUGUCGACUUCGGCGAAGGACGCCGACUCCCCUGCUGGCGGCAAGGCGCGGGAUGACAAGAUGGCGUCGUGCUCGCUGGUCGGCGUCGUGGAGCCGACCGUCUCGCUGGCGCCGGAGGCCGGAGAGGACUUCCAGGCGGUGGCGGCAGCUGUGCAGACGAACCCGGCGGUGGUCCUGCUCGACAGCGGUUGCUCCCACCACCUGAUGGGGACGAAGGAAGCCUUCGUCAACCUGCAGCCGAGCGGCGCCAUCAGGCAUGUGCGAGGCUUCAAUGGGGCGCUGCAAGACGUCCAGGGCCGUGGCACCGUCGCCCUACAAGGGGAGGCCGGGAAGCAGGUACUCAUCCCCGACGUACUGUAUGUCCCGGGUGUGCGGGCGAACUUGCUGUCGUCCGGCCAGCUGAAGGAGCACGGCGUGAAGCUGCAAGAGGACGGCGACGGGAUGCUGCUCGUCUCGGCAACGGGAGAGGUGCUCGGUCGGGCGACGUACUCCGGCCGUGUCCUCUGCACCGACCUGCGUCCCUGCUCAACGAGGUCAACGUCGACCACGACGGAGGUUGUGGCCCUGCGGGCGAUCGUCUCGAAAACGAAGUCGACGCCAGACCGAAUGCAUGCGAGGCUUGCACAUGUCGGCAUGGACACCAUACGGAGCUCGGCAAAGAACGAGGUCGCCAUUGGGCUGGACCUCAAGUCGGCGAUGGGCGCCGACUCCCCGUGUGUCUUGUGCGUCGGCGGGAAGCUGGCGCGGCACACCUUCCCCGACCAAGGCUCCGACGCCGACGAGGUGCUGGCCGUCGUGCACAUCGACUUGUGCGGGCCGUUCCGUGUGGCUGCCAAGGAUGGCAGCCUGUACUUCUUGUUGCUAAAGGACCGCAAGACCCGCUACGUGUGGGUGAAGCCGGUCACCAAGAAGUCAGAUACGUUGCCGGUGUUCGUGCAGUGGCACGCGGUGGCUGAGCGGCAGACGAAGUCGUCGGUGUUGAUGCUGCGCUCUGACCGGGGAGGGGAGUUCCUCGGGAAGCAGUUCACCGACUUCGUGAACGGCAAGGGGAUCGUCCACGACCUGACCUGCCCAUACACCCCACAGCAGAACGGCAUGGCGGAGCGUGAGAUGAGGACGGUGGUGGAGUCGGUGCGGACAAUGCUGCUGCAUAUGGGCGUGCAGCACCACUGGUGGCACCUCGCUCUCCGGCAGGCCGUCUGGGUCCGCAACUGCCUUGAGAGGUCGGCGCUGCCGCCGGGGACGACGCCAUACCAACUGCUGACCGGGAAGAAGCCCGACUUGUCCCUGGCGCGGGUGUGGGGCUGCAUGGCGCAGUUCUUAGUCCCCGAGCAGCAGCGUGUGGUCACCACGUCGGACGUGGUGUUCUACGAGGAGAUGUCGCUGGGCGAGUGGAAGACGGGGUACGGGUCGGUGUUCGGCCGCUCGUCGCCCACCCCGCCCUCUGACACCUCGUCGGCGACGCUGCCACUGCUUGCCGAGAUCAGUGAGCUUGCUGUUAAGGACGUCGAGGACGUCCGCCCCCCUACCCCUCCUCCUACGACCCCUGCCCCUCCCCUCGUGGCCGACCUGCGUAGGCUGACCUCGGUGUCGGCCUCCGGCGAUGAGGGGAGUAGUGGGACGCCGCCUUCGGCCAAGUGCAUCGCCGGUGGCCGACGUGAUGAGCGGCAGGUCGACGUGGGAUUGCAGUCGGCGUCGACAGGGGACGAGCAGGUUGAGAAGCAGGUCGAGGACCAGCGGCCGACAAAGGAGCAGGCAGCAGUGACGCCAACCAAGGAGCAGUCGGCGACCGGGCAGUCGGCAGGGGAGCCGACCAUAGGGGAGAAGUCGGCUGGGACGCCGGCUGAGGAGCAGCAAGACGCUGAGGACAGCAACAACAGCAACGAUGGAGGGGACGCCGAGGAGGUCCAGCCAGGACCACGGCGUUCAGGCCGACUUCGGAGGCCGCCUGACUUCUUCGUCCCCGCUGCCUUCACCACGGUGUACGACGUGGACGAUGAGGCCAACGACCUGCUGUACAACGAUGCUGAGGAGGAUGAGGAGUUUCCAGAGCUCGACCCCGACAUGCUAGCCGACCCCGAGCACCGUUGGGACAUCUCGACGAUGACUGUAAAGGAGGCGUUGGCGAGCUGGAAGGGCCCGGCGGUGAAGGCCGCCAUGGAGGAGGAGAUUCGCAACCUCCUCAACAUGGGCACGUGGGAGUUGGUCGAACGUCCGCCGGGAGUGAACGUCAUGAAGAACCGGUGGGUGUUGACGACGAAGUACCACGUCGACGACACCGUCGAGCGCGAGAAGGCGAGGCUGGUUGUGAAGGGCUUCACGCAGGUGUACGGCGCCGACUACGACGAGACGUUCGCGCCGGUGGGCAGCUACGUCACGCUGAGGAUCUUCCUGAGCAUCGUCGCCGUCCUCGACCUUAACCUGAUGCAGCUCGACAUGAAGAAUGCCUUCCUGCAGAGCAAGCUCGAUCGGGUGCUGUACAUGUCCCAGCCGGACUACUUCAACGAUGGGACCGGCCGGGUGUGCAAGCUGCUGAAGAGCCUGUACGGGCUAAAGCAGUCGCCGUUGCUGUGGUACUUGGCACUCAAUGACGUGCUGGCCGGCGCCGGGUGGAAGAAGAGUCAGGUCGACGAGGCUCUCUACUUCAAGGUCGGAAAGGACAGAGUGGCCUGCUGGGUGCUGGUCUACGUCGACGACCUACUUGCCACCAGCAGUAGCGCCGCGAUGUUGAAGGAGCUGAAGGAGCUGCUGGAAGCCGCCUUCAAGCUGCGUGAGAUCUCGCCGGUGCAGAAGUACCUCGGGCUGGAGAUCGUUCGCGAUAGGUCGGCGGGGAAGCUGUGGCUGCACCAGCAGGGCUACGCCGACAAGCUACGUAGGCGCUUCAUCAACGAGGAGCAGACCAGGCGCACCCCGAAGACGCCGGUCUCGGUCGAUGCCUACGCUGAGCUCACGUUCGAUGACGAGGAGGCACAGGAGCGGCAGGAGGAGGAGUACCGGCAGAAGGUCGGCUCGCUGCAGUUCGCGGCGACGACGACGAGGCCGGACAUCGCCUUCGCCUGCAGCAAGCUGGGGAGCGGUCUCACGGUGAGGAGCGACCAGCACUGGCGCGAGGUUAACCGCUGCCUCGCCUACCUCGCCAAUACGCAUGACACCGCCCUGGAGUUCGGCGGUGGACCUGAGUCGCUGGAGCUGGUCGGCUACGUGGACGCCGACGACGCCGGUGACAAGCAGAACAGGACGAGCACGAGUGGCUACGUGUUCGUCUAUGGAGGGGCCGCAGUCUCCUGGUCGAGCCAGCGCAUCAAGUGUGCGACGUUGUCGUCGACUGAGUCGGAGUACGUGGCAGCCACCGAAGCCGGCAAGGAAGGACGCCGACUUCGCUUCCUCCUUGCAGAGUUCCGGCAGCUGGAUGCCGGGAAGCCGACCGUCCUUCGGGUGGACAACAAGUCGGCUAUCACAGUCGCCGAGAGCAUGGGGUUGACGGGCAACCUCAAGCACAUGGAGCGGCGACAGGCCUGGCUGCAGCACAUGGUGAAGCGCGGGAAGUUCUCGCUGAGGUACAUCCCGACCACUGAGCAGCCGGCCGACUUCCUGACGAAGGCGCUGCACUAUCCGGCCUUCAACCGGUGCUCCGUCGCAAUCGGCCAGGUGCGCUUGGCCGACGUGGGCGACGGCGAUAACGACGUGCAGCAAUAG